AUGAAGGUCAGUUUCAACCUUUGUUUUUUUUCAAUGUUUGGUUUAUUAUUCAAUAAGAUAAAAUCUACAUUUACGUGAUUAGUAAUAAAUAGACUGAUUUAUAGGUUUCGUAAAUUAUGCUUUGAUUCCAUAGAAAACUACAUUCUAGAAUCGAUUAAAAAUCAUCUGAAGUUGAAGUAUUGAAAAUUCAUUCAUUUCUGAAACAUUCUUUAAAAAAUUCUAGAGAAAAUAUGGUGUUUUAGAAAAAAUUAAGAGAAAAUUGAAUAAUUGUUUGUUUUUGAAAUGAUAGUUUUCCAAAAAUAAUCAAUUAUGAAAAUCUUUGCAGUUUGGCAUGAUGAAAAAACAUUGAGAUAACUUUAUUUUUCGCAAGGCAGUAGAGAAAAUGUUUCAAUUUUUGAUUUUAUAUCAAAAUUUAUAGAACAAUCACGUUUGAAAUGUCAAAACUCCAAAAAUAUUUUUAUUGUUUCGCCAUUUUCAGAACGUUUAUGCUCAUGCACUUUUAUUAAUAUCAGUUUCGUUAUUCACACAAAUUGGACACAAACGAGAACAAGCAUCAGACACAUUAAUAUGUUUGAAAGAUAAUUAUGAAGAUGUUAGUUUAGGUCGAUUACAAACAUUUCCAAAAUUAAUGGAGGUCAGUUUUUAUUGAAAUUUAUGUUGUGCUCAACAAAAAAAAAUGUUUUGAUAUUGAAUUUUUUCUAGGAAAUUCAAAAAAUAAACGAAGAUGUUGGAAUUGUUUUACUAAAUCGACACGCAAUAAAUAUAACCAUGAAUUGGUUAUGUAAUCUAAAUGCUCUGAAUGAUCCAACUAUUAUUUCAAAAAUUCUAGUAUUUGCAAUGGAUGAUGAAUCUUAUCAGAAACUCACAUAUUUAUGGCCAAGAUUACGGGUUUUCAAAUUGGAUUUACCAUCAGUGGUUGGUCACAUUUUCUUGUUUGAUUAAUUUGAAAAAUCUGAUUUUUCAGAGUCAACCAUUUAAAGUUGGACACUGUCAAUACCAAUUAUUUCAAUUAUUACGGGCAAAUUUGGCGACAAUUUUUUCGAUGAUGAACAAAUCGUUUUGGAUGUUACAACCUGAUACUUAUUGGAGUGAAAAUUUGUUUGACUUGUUGGGUGAGUCAAAAAAAUCUCGUUUUUUUAAUCUGAAAUCUUUCAAAUUCUCACAAUUCUGAUUUUUCAAUUGUUCAUAUUUUUUAAUAGAGUUCCUAAUCUGUUAUUUACCGUUAGAAAUUUAUUUGAAAAUUACUUCUUUGCAAAACAAACACAACGUGAUCUAUUUACACUGAUCUCAAAAUUCUUCUGAAAUUGAUUUCGCGAAGAUUCACUAGGUCCAAGAAAAUAUUGAUUUUUCAGUGUAGAAAAUGAUGUAGACAACAAUUUGUGCUUUCUAAAACAAACAAUUCUGAAAAAAUGCAUCUUUAAUUAAUUCGAAACAUACUCUGAAAAUAACUUCUAAUCUCACAUUCAAUAACAAUUUUAUUUUUCAGAUUUUUCUGAAAAUGACGGCACGAAUUUGUACCUUGAUGUAGAGGGUGAAACAAUACUUUCAUCAAGAAUGAUUGCUGGUGGCAAUUUUUUUGUUCGAGCUUCAAUCGAAUCAUCGUUAUUUUUCCAUCAAUUAAGUGCAGAGAUCAGGUUGUUUUUUCAAUUUUUGUUUCGAAUUUCAUAAAAGACAUUUUUCAGAGAAAAAUAUGCGACCGAUAAUAAUGUGAUGGGAGCAAUGUGCUCAAGGCAAUAUGCAGAUGUUCAAUGCGAGUUUAUUCCUUAUCAUACAAUUUCGAAUUGGAGAUGGAAAAAUAAUAAUAUUAAACCAGCUUUGAUGCAAUUUGAUAGUUUAAUACUACCAGGAUCAAAAGGAAAACUGGAAAGGUAA